AUCCAUAUAAGUAUUGCCUGCUCAGUUGGUUAUUAAGGAAAAUACUCAAUAUCAAUCAUCUGCUAUUACUAAUUUCACAAUUCAUCCUAUUCUCUCAAUUCAUCACCGCCUCUCUCGUACAUUAUCCCCCCUCUCAAUCAGGAUGAAAGUCCUCCUCCUAGGCGUUACUGGCAACGUUGGCUCUCGUUUGCUCCCUGCCCUCCUUGCGCAUAAUCACCAAGUAAUCGCUUAUGUCCGCUCGCCAACCAAAAUCUCCCCUGAAGCCAAAUCAAAAAUCACUUCCGUUGUCGUCGGUUCUGCGAGCGAUAGCGAGGCCAUUAAAGCUGCGAUCCUCUCCAAUAACUGCGAUGCUGUUGUCAAUGCUGCUGGCUUGCCGGCAACCACAAGUUUCUCUUCUCAGGGUGAGUUUCCAGCCAUCUUUACGGCUGUCGUGAAGGCUAUUGUGGACGCCGGACGAGAGCGUGGCACUGGGCCUAUUAGGUGUUGGCUCAUGAGUGGAUUUGGCAUUCUGGAUAGUCCAAAGAAACCGCAUAUCCUCCUCGAUUACAUGCCUCUCUUCCCUGCUCACAGAGGAAACUAUCAGCUCAUCAAAUCAUAUGCGGCUGAUGACCUCGCUUGGUCGCUCUUCGCUGCAUCCCAAAUGAAUCCUAAAUACGACACUGCUCAAUUUCCUCCUGCUGCGGAUACUUCUGCCGACAAUCUCGUGGCCAGAGCUAACGCUCCGCCAGCGUGGACUCAAAAGUUUCGAUGGGUGCCGUUGAUAGGGAAUUAUCUGAAUGUUAUGGUCCAAGGGCAGAGUUAUUUUGCCGUGCUCGAAAAUUGUGUCGAUUUCAUAGCUGCUGAUUUGGAAAAGGGACACAAAAGCGAAUGGAUUGGGAAGAGAGUGGGUGUCAAGGAGAAGAGCGCAAUUAAAUGAAGUAAAGUCUGGCACUAAUACUGUAAUAUAUUCUGUUUGUAUCAUAGAUAUGAAGUAUAAUAUUUUCACUACC